AUGAGACUUUUCCCAGCGAUUUUUGUUGCUUUUGCCGCUGCUUAUCCUUACGCAAACAUCGCCUGCAACGGAAAUCGUCGCUACUCGUGUCGUUUCUGCGGCGAGUCCUGUGGCCAGGAAAAGUGUCCCGAGCCGUUUAAAUUGGAGGACUUCGCUCACCCGGACGACUUCCCGGACUGCACUUGGGGAUGCUACUGCGAGGAAGGGACUGUCUGGUCGCCAGAUCACGAGACCUGCGUCGACGUCAGUAUGAGGUCGUCAAAGAUGCUGUCAAGAUCGCUCAAAACGAUGGAACUUGGGAUGAAUUCUGCCCGAAAUACUACCCAGUUCACUUUAUUCCCAAACUCGGCUGAAAUCAGAAGAAAAUGCAAAAUUAAAAAAAUUUGA